AUGAACAAGCUGUACAUUGGCAACCUCAACGAGAGCGUGACCCCCGCGGACUUGGAGAAAGUGUUUGCGGAGCACAAGAUCUCCUACAGCGGCCAGUUCUUGGUCAAAUCCGGCUAUGCCUUCGUGGACUGCCCCGACGAGCACUGGGCGAUGAAGGCCAUCGAAACUUUCUCCGGGAAAGUGGAACUGCAAGGAAAACGCCUAGAGAUUGAACACUCCGUUCCCAAAAACAAAAGGAGUCGGAAAAUACAGAUCCGAAAUAUUCCACCCCAGCUGCGAUGGGAAGUACUGGACAGCCUGCUGGCUCAGUACGGAACAGUAGAGAACUGCGAGCAAGUGAACACUGAGAGUGAGACGGCAGUGGUGAAUGUCACCUAUUCCAACCGGGAACAGACCAGGCAGGCCAUCAUGAAGCUGAAUGGCCACCAGCUGGAGAACCACGCCUUGAAGGUCUCCUACAUUCCCGACGAGCAGAUAGCCCAGGGGCCAGAGAACGGGCGCCGAGGAGGCUUCGGCUCUCGGGGUCAGCCCCGCCAGGGCUCCCCCGUGGCGGCCGGAGCCCCGGCCAAGCAGCAGCAAGUGGACAUCCCCCUGCGGCUCCUGGUGCCCACCCAGUAUGUGGGUGCCAUCAUUGGCAAGGAGGGAGCCACCAUCCGCAACAUCACGAAACAGACCCAGUCCAAGAUCGACGUGCACAGGAAGGAGAAUGCGGGCGCUGCGGAGAAGGCCAUCAGUGUCCACUCAACCCCUGAGGGCUGCUCAUCUGCCUGUAAGAUGAUCUUGGAGAUUAUGCACAAGGAGGCAAAGGACACCAAAACGGCUGACGAGGUUCCCCUCAAGAUCCUGGCCCAUAAUAAUUUUGUGGGGCGUCUCAUUGGCAAGGAGGGACGCAACCUGAAGAAGGUGGAGCAGGACACAGAGACGAAAAUCACCAUCUCCUCGCUGCAGGACCUCACCCUCUACAACCCCGAGAGGACCAUCACUGUGAAGGGGGCCAUCGAGAACUGCUGCAGGGCCGAGCAGGAGAUCAUGAAGAAAGUUCGGGAAGCUUACGAGAACGACGUGGCUGCCAUGAGUCUGCAGUCUCAUCUCAUCCCCGGCUUGAACUUGGCUGCUGUAGGUCUCUUUCCAGCCUCCUCCAGUGCAGUCCCACCGCCUCCCAGCAGUGUCACCGGAGCUGCUCCCUAUAGUUCCUUUAUGCAGGCUCCAGAGCAGGAGAUGGUGCAGGUGUUCAUUCCUGCCCAGGCAGUGGGCGCCAUCAUCGGCAAGAAGGGGCAGCACAUCAAACAGCUUUCACGUUUCGCCAGCGCCUCCAUCAAGAUUGCUCCUCCCGAAACGCCCGACUCCAAAGUGCGUAUGGUCAUCAUCACUGGACCCCCAGAGGCCCAAUUCAAGGCUCAGGGAAGAAUUUAUGGAAAACUCAAGGAGGAGAACUUCUUUGGUCCCAAGGAGGAAGUGAAACUGGAGACCCACAUCCGGGUGCCAGCAUCGGCAGCCGGCCGGGUCAUUGGCAAAGGUGGCAAAACGGUGAAUGAGCUGCAAAAUUUGACAGCGGCUGAGGUGGUAGUGCCAAGAGACCAGACCCCUGAUGAGAACGACCAGGUCAUCGUCAAGAUCAUUGGGCAUUUUUAUGCCAGCCAGAUGGCUCAGCGGAAGAUACGUGACAUCUUGGCCCAAGUCAAACAGCUGCACCAAAAGGGACAGAGUAACCAGGCCCAGGCGCGGAGGAAGUGACCAGCCCCUUCCCAUCACGUCGACCCAAGGACAACAGGCUGAGAUCGAGAGCGUGUUCUCCCCGGCAGGCCUGAGAAUGAGUGGGAAUCAGGGGCACUUGGGCUGGGAUGUAGAUCAGGUUUGCCCACUUGCUUGAAAAAGAUGUUCCAGUGAGGAACCCUGAUCUCAGUCCCAAACACCCAACCGAUUGGCCCAACACUGCCCACCCCUGAGGGUGUCACCAUGCAAAUUCUAUCUAGCUCAGGGUGCUUUUAAACGUGGAUUUUUUUUUUUUUAAGUUCUCCAGGUCCCACCAAGAGGGUGGGUCUGACCCCAGUGGGAAGAGAAAUAAAAUUUCCUUCAGGUUUUUAAGACA